GUGAUGUUUUGGCCCGCAGUGAUGACGUAGGCUGCAAGUUUUUUCCCAAUGGCUCUGACAGCAAAGACACAGAGCAGAGGAGGGAGGAAAUUCUCCUGAGACGGGCCCAAAGUCUUGGACUAACGUAACCUCCCGAUGUACAUGAGAUAUUUUUCCAGGCUAUUUUCAGCUAUGGCUGGACCCAGGCCCGUGGUUCUUAGCGGCCCGUCCGGGGCAGGGAAGAGCACUCUGCUGAAGAAGCUCAUGAAAGAAUAUGACAGUGUCUUUGGCUUUAGCGUCUCCCAUACAACAAGAAAUCCUCGACCUGGAGAAGAGAAUGGCAAAGAUUACCAUUAUGUCACACGGGAGGUGAUGCAAAUGGGUAUUGACAAAGGCGAUUUCAUUGAGAACGCAGAGUUUUCUGGGAACAUGUACGGGACAAGUAAAGCUGCUGUGCAAGAUGUCCAGGCAAAGAACCUCAUCUGUAUACUUGACAUUGACAUGCAGGGUGUGAGGAACAUCAAAACGACGGACCUCAAUCCAAUCUACAUCUCUAUCCAGCCACCCUCCAUGGCUGUCCUGGAAAAACGUUUAAGAGACAGAAAAACCGAGUCAGAGGAGAACCUCCAGAAGCGUUUACGUGCAGCCAUGGUGGACAUGCAGUUUAGUAAAGAACCUGGUGUAUUUGAUGCCGUAAUCGUCAAUGAUAAUUUGGAAGAUGCUUAUGGGCAGUUAAAAAAUGCCCUUCUGGAGUUUAUACUACGCUACGUUUGCCUUACACACUGGAAAUUACUAAGGUCAAGAAAGUCAACAUGUCUUCGUAAGACACAGCAGCAGUCUGCCUCGUUUGUUUGGUCCCAUCCAGCCACUCCUCACAAAACCACAGACCUCCAUUCCAGUCGUGAACAUUCCCUCAGAUGGUGGUCUAUGAAUACGUACAGUAGGGUUUACCGAAUUAUACAUUACAUAAUGUAAAGUGGAACAUUUUUUUAACUAUCGGGAAGCGCUUUCCAUGUUUUUAUUUUGAUUUGUAUGAAGAAAAAAUACUCCAAUAAUGCUUACUUGAUGUUCUGUUGGGUUUACUAAACACAGAUACCACUUCCAGCAAUGUUAUAUCCUCCCCACCAACCUGGACUAAACAGAGAGUAUUUUAAGGGUUUGAAAGAGUUUCUGGGUAUCGUGUUGGUUGGAGGUAGGGAGUUAUGCUACUCUUAUAACUUGAGAGUUUUUUGUGCUGCCAGUCGCACUCUGUUGAUGGGGAAACAGACCCAUUGAAAUGUACUGGAGACACAGACAGUGAGAGUUUGAUGUCAGGACCCUGUGCUAACUCCAUUAAAGUUUGGUCUGCUGGUUAACCAUAUGUGCUCUAGUUGGUAGAGGUAGAAAAUGUUGCUUAUAAUAUAGCUUUUUUAUUUUUUUUUUAUAACAGAACAAUUUUACUUUUAGUUUUAAAUUUGUAAUACUUUUAUAUUGUGUAACUAUCAUUUUGUAGCUUAACUUGUCCAGUAAAAUGACAUUCAGUGGACUGUUUUGAUUCCUAGCUAAAGGAGGGGGUUUUAACAUUACAGGACAAUUAAAGUUUUGGCAUGUUUUUAUAUUACAUUGCUUAGAAUCAAGCAUACAAAUUUCCUUUUACUUGAAAACCGAGAAUAUUUAUGACUCAUCUGUAAUUUGUAUAUUUUUUUUCUCCAUAACAGUCAAGUUUUUUUUAAUUUUAAAGUGUCCACUUAUACAGUAAUUAAAUGUUACAUCAUACUCUCUGAGAUGCAUGCAGUUCUCUGGCUUUCCAUUAACACUUAACCAGCUCUGUUAAUAAUGUGCAUGUUGUGAAAAAAAUGAAGUCCAUUAAACGUCCAGCAGGAACACUGUCUGUUAAAACUUAAUAAGUUACACUAAAAUACUGAAAGAAUUAUUUGUAUGUGUGCUAUAAAUAACAACUGUGAAAGAAACUGGCCAUAGUUAUUAUUUGCAGUACAUUUAUUUAAUUCAGAUUAAACACAGAGUACUCAAACAUCUUUCCCCUAACUACACAUAUAUAGUACAAGCAAUUCCAAUCUGUUAUUGCCUAAAUGUUAAUAAAUAACAUGAUCCUUGUAACUAACUAAAAUACCUUUUAAAAACAACACAACCACAAAUCUUUAAGAGGCCAGUUACUGUAUUCUAGUCACUUUUUAAAUUGGAUUGAGAAGGUAGUAAAUUCUGUGAGCUCAAGUACUUUGCACAAACAUCAAAUAUGAAAUUACAGAUCUGGUUGCUCCAGAUGAACACAUAUGCUUUGGAAAAGCAAAUACAUGCAGUCACUCCUCUAAAUAUCUAUUACUUGCAUAUCAAUGUCUCUGUGAUAUCCUGUGUAUUCACAGGAAAUUGCACUGCAUUAACAUACACAAAAUGUCUAAAAAGCAGAGUAUAUCAUUCAGUUCACAAUGGCAGAAACAUGUUUUGCAAUAAUAAAUUACGUAAAUGCAGUCAAACACAGCUCAGAUGUGAAACAGGUUGUCAGUUCACCGACCAAAUGAUUUUCUCGGAGAAGUGUCAUAAGCUGCAAACCAAUAAAUCGUUCACAAACAA